AGGUUUGUACUAUAGCUAAUUCACUGCCACAAUGACAACUUCCACCUCAACACAAUAUGUGCCAUCUGAGAAUGCCUGCAGAACAUCAUUUGGGCAAAUUAAACAGGUACAGCCAAAACUGCCACUCUUGAAGAUUUUGCAAACUGCAGGUGCUCAGGGUGAAACUUUCACACUAAAGGAGAUCUUACAUUUCCUUGGAGAAUAUAUCAUGCUGAAGCAGUUAUACGACAAACAGCAACAGCAUAUCGUGUAUUGUGGAGGAGACCAGUUGGGGGAUCUUCUAGGUCUUGAAAGUUUCUCAGUGAAAGAUCCAAGCCCCAUUUUUGACAUGCUGAAACGGAAUGUGACUUCUGCUACUGUUACAGAUGCUGCACAGAGUCAUGCUCUCGCAAAGGAUCAAAGCGUGGAUAAUCCAAGCCAAGAUCACCUGAAGCAGAGUAGCAUAGAGAGGGCUUGCAACGCUGGACGAAAAGAGAACACAUCAGCCAUGUCUGCAACCAAAAACACAUGUGAAGAAGAUAAAGAGAACCAUUCAGAAAAACAGCCCGCAUUAGAUCUAGUGCUUGAAGAAUGGGAUGUAGCUGGUCUUCCAUGGUGGUUUUUAGGUAAUCUGAGAAAUAAUUACAAGUCCAGAAGUAAUGGCUCAACAGAUAUUCAGACUAAUCAGGAUAUAGACACUGCUAUUGUUUCAGAUACUACUGAUGACUUAUGGUUUCUCAGUGAAUCUGCUUCUGAUCAGAUAGGAGUCACAGUACCAACAAAAGGAGUUGACUGUGAACAAGCUAAUGAAGAGGGAAAAGAGGAUAGCAAAUCGGCAAGUGAAAUUGCAUCUUCUGAAGACUUUGAAGAUUCACAUUCUUUAAGCGAUGAUACAGACAUAGACGGUCCCUCCACGGACUGUUGGCAGUGCACCAAAUGCAAGAAGUUUAACUCUCCCAUCAAACGGUACUGUUUCCGUUGCUGGGCCUUACGGAAAGAUUGGUUCUCUGACUGCCCUAAGCUGGUUCACUCUGUCUCUACAUCCAGUAUUGCCACAAUGCAAAGUAAAGACGACACAGAAGGGAUGGAUGUCCCAGACUGCCGAAGAACAGUCUCUGCUCCAAUUGUACGACCCAAAGAUCUGUGCAGAGCAGAAGUUAAACCCCACCAAAGCCCUAGAAGCCCUGCAGACUCCAUGCACCUGGCACAAGGGUUUGAAGUCAAACAGUCUUUGCUUCAGUUUAGCAAGUACAAACAAAAGGAGGAGGAGGAAGUCCAGUCCCUUGAGUGUAACGAAGAAUUGCUGAAGCCUUGCCUAGUGUGCCAGAAGCGGCCACGGAAUGGAAAUAUUGUCCAUGGAAGGACAGCUCAUCUAGUGGCCUGUUUUACCUGUGCAAAAAUGUUGAAGAAGAGACGAUUGCCUUGCCCAGCAUGCAAGAAACAGAUUCAGAUGGUGAUCAAAACUUUCAUUGCCUAAUUCUAUCACUCGAUGCAGGAAUAAUAAUAGUCUGCCCAUGGAAAACUGCCGGAAGGUGCUGUUAUAUUUUUAAUUAUAAAUGUUAACUGUGAAUUAAAAAAGACUUCCUCAAGGUAUUUCAUAAUGAAUACAAAACAGGCAGUGUUCUUAAUAUAUACAAAGUGAUAACUAUCAUAUAGUUUGCUUUAUGUUGAAAAAGCUUGUAUGUGACCUGCUUGAUGAAAGCAAGCUGUUUGUGCUAUUACUAGUCAGUUUGACAUGGCAAUAAGUUGAAGUGUGCGGUUACGUAGAAUAGUGCCAUUUCUAAAGUCUGGGGCUUGAUUGCACAAAUGCAUCAAACUUUUAGAAGGCACCUUAAUUUCAAGGAGGAUUUAAGUUGGAUGUUUAUUUAAACAGCUUACUUUGCACACCCUUAAAUAGCAAAAUGCUAAUGAUAGCUAUCUGAUUAUGUUGGUCAGUUCUUGGAAAGGUCAUCCUGAAUUUUUAAUUUGUCACUGUUCCUGGGUUUUGAGAAGACUAUUACGUUGAAGCUUAAUCACAAAUCCUGCUUUUUCUUCCAUUGCCCCUAUAAAAUAAAAUUUAAAAAUCAAACAUAGUUGCUGAAUACUAGUAGAGUUUUAGAGUCUGAAGAUUACUGUAGUCCUCUAGGAAAAAGCAUGCUUUUUUCAUUUACUGUUGAAAAACUAUAACUACUAACUUUGGCCUUUUAGAAAAUCUGCCUGGAGAGAGCAUCUCCUUGAGAGUUCAAGGUUUUUCAGGACCUUUGCUGUUUUGUUGGUUUAUUGGUUUAAACACAUUGUAAAUUGUCACAUUCAUGUUGAAUGUUAUAUCUAAACUUCAGGUUGUAAGCUGUACCUUGAUGUGAAUUGUGGAGCUGUCUUUCAGCCCCAAACCUUAUUUGAAUAUCAUUCUCCUCAGAGCAUACUUAUGAAUUGGGAUCAGACUUGAGCUGCUUAUGAGAAUGAUGACGGUUUAAAGUUUUUUGGAGAAUUUAUAUUCCCAUAUAGUCAUUACAAGUAUUAAGCAGUGGGGAACGCAUUGGAAGUGUUGCUGUAAGCAUAUUUUGAAUGGGGACGUCUUCUUUAAGAAUUUAUGGAGCACCCUAUGCUGGAAGAAUAAUUGAAGCAGGACCCUUUAAGUCGACUACCUGCACAUCGGGACUCCUUGCUUGGAAGAUUAUUUAUGAAUUUUGUAAUUCCUUUUUGUUAAUUUGUAUAUAUGCACCAUUAUUACAUAGUAAUUUGGUCACUACAACCUGUGGUUGUUUAUAUCAUUGUUUCUUUCUAUCCCUGCAACAGGCAUCCCUGAUGGAAUUAAAGAUCUAUGUUCUGAUUGUACAAUUGUUACCUUUCAGCACUAGAGGAAUAAUAGUCCCUCUGGCUGUGCCUGUUUUACUGGCACUGAAACACCUGAGUAGCCAUAUUUUUGAUUUCUCACUUUGUGUAGGCUCUACAAAGAACCAUGUGUGAAUAGGGUUUAAAGACACAGCUAACCAACAUUUAGUCCUGUUUGAGUGAGAGUUAGGUGUUGCAGACUUCAAGUUUUCAGAGCUUCUUCCAGUUUUCUAAAUAGUAUAUUUUCUAAUAACACUUUAAUAUUUUUUUUAAGCCAGACAAGUUAUUAUCUCCCUAUCUAAUCACAUAACUGUCCGUGUGAUAUCUGAAGAAAUUUGCUCUUGUUGAGUGUGGUGCUGUUUUAAAGUACAGGCUAUUCUGCUUUUCAAGCCUCACUGCCAGUACCCCUUUAGUAGUAUGAGGGAAAUAUAUUUAAGCAUUUUAAAAUAAUCUUGCAUAGCCUUGUAUUUAAGGUUGAAUAAAUACCCUUCUCAAACUCAUGUAUGCACCACCCAGUGUAGUUUGAAUAGCCACUCUGCUACAGAUACUGCAUUUUCAGCUGCCCAGAGACAAGGUGCAUGUAAUAGAAUUUAAGAUGAAUUUUUUAUUCUCUUGGGAGUGACUGCUGAAGACUCUGACCUUGCUGUUGAUCCUUGCUCAUCCUAAUUGGUUCCUACUGUGUAAUCCAGGCCUUGCUGUUGAGCCUUCCUCUGCUUAGUUGGUCUCUUGCUGUGUUCUUUUUUCCCCAGAGUGAAGCUUAGGUUCUGGGAUUUGUUUUCUGCAGAUCAGUGUUUGGUAGGAGCAAAUGGUACAAAGAGAGAUAGCUGUGUACAAAUUACAGGUAGGAAUCUAGGAAUUGUUCAGGAUGUGCAGAUUAUUUUAAUCUCUACCCAUCCUUCCCCAUCAUUUACUCCUGCUUCAGAGCCAUGUUAAGAGAGAUCAGUGAAGUGAGGUAUCUUGCACUUUAGAACCAUUAAUACAGGUCAGCAAUCUGCAUCUUAGACUUCAUUUGCUGAACUCAUUGGAAUCACAUUAGGAUUGCUUCUCACAACCAAAAAAAGUUCCUGAGGGUAUACAGUUCACCUGGUCCUCAACCCCAGCUACAGGAGGCAUUCCUGUCUUUUGUUGCUUUCCUCUGUAAUUUUUUUUAAUGGCUUACAAUUCCCUAUACCACAUAGCUAUAUUGCAAGGAUCUGGAAACUAUUCUCCCUUACAUUGCUGAAAGAACUUGCUGCUUCAAGUUGAAAAUGAGAGAGACUAGCACAUACCAUAUAUUGGCCUGUGAUGAUCGCUGGAUUUAAUUAUAGGCUUUAAAGUUGCAAAGGCAAAGUAAGGAAUAACUUCUGUUCAUGUAAAAUUGCUAUUUUCCUAUCUGUAGCUGUAUGAAAUACUUUUCUGUAUUUGUUACGUGGUUCUAAAUUUAAUGGAGGGGGGAGCAUGAGAUUGGAGCUAGGAACCCCUCUACUACCUAAAUAAUAUUUUGGUAGGUAGUUCCUGUUCUCUGAUGUUUAUUUUCUUGCAAAUCAUCUUUUUUAAAAAAGGAAAAUAACCAAUCUAUACUUACAUCAAAUAUACCGUAAUUUGCAAGUGGUAAAAUUUUAAACAAGGCAGUAUAUUAAACAGUGCAGGAGUCAUAUUAUUUUAAAACAAUUAAAAAAAAAACACCUUGGAGGUGAAAAUACAGAGUUAGUAACUUGCUCAAAUAAUUGAGACAAAAAUAGAAGUUGUUGCACCUCAUCCUUCUAAGGAAUUGCCUAUAGUUGAUCAGCUGAUCAUUGAAGAAGGUUGUGAAAAUGCAGCAUUCCAAGAAUUCGCCUGUAGAUGGGGCAGAAGUAAUAUUGCUCAAAUGCACAUUUUUGUCUGUUUUGCAGGUAUAUUAAUAUUGCUUUAUGGUGCAGUUAUUCUACUUUGGUUUUUUUUAAAUGUAUACUUAAUGGUAGGCUAGAAGUAGCUUUGAACAUUAUAUGGAGAGUAGUGAGGGAUCUUUUCAAAGUAGCAUGUAAAAGUAUUGGGAAGGAUUACGUUUCUCCCCAUGAAAAAGGAUGUAUGUGUUUUCCCUUUGCAUAAACUUAUGUUCCCUUCUGACAUUGCCCUGCACCGUGUAUGUACUAAAUAUCCAUUUCCUGUUUCUUCAUAGUGUUGCUAUAAACCCACUGUGUUUUAUAGAUCUGUUAAUCUCAGAAUCUGUGCAGUUCCAUUUGUAUUUUGGUUUUUGUGUAAUGUAGAUGCACCUUGGGAAAAGCUUUUGACAACAAAUAAGUGAGCUGGUAUCAGUUUGUUGUUUUGUGUAAGUGAUGAAUAUUUUUAUUGAAAUUAUAUUGAGAGUUGUAUUUCAGAUGUCUGUUUUCAUUUUGUGGGUCAAAGCUAUAUAUUUCCCUGUAACCCAAAAGAAUUUUCAGAUGACCCUAGUCCAGUUAAAUAGAUGUACACCCAGAUCAUAUUUUUGGCAGCAACAUAUAAUACUCUGAAAAUACAGGUCAGCCCACAGUCAACACUGGUGGACUGCACCAGAUAUAUUUAUAAUAUUCAGUUGCUGGAUCAUAGUCAAUGGGGUAGUUACUAAAUUGAAAUGUAUUAUACUACUGUCUUUAAUGAGAGCCAGUUUAGUGUAGUGGUUAAGUGCGCAGAGUCUAAUCUGGACAAACUGGGUUUGAUUCCCCACAUUCCACAUGCAGUCAGCAGGGUGACCUUGGGUCAGUCACAGUUCUUUCAGAACUGUUAUCUUAAAACCAUUCUCUGAGCCCCACCUACUUCACAGGGUAUCUGUUGUGGGGAGAGGAAGGGAAGGAGAUUGUAAACAACUCUGAGACUCUGAGUGAAGGAAGGGGUAUAAAUACAAUCUCUUAUAUUCUAAUUCUAUGUAAUGCCGAUUAUUCAUUUCUGUUCAAAAUAGCAGUUAAGUAAUUUGAAAAAUUUUAUCAAGAAGAGUGUUUUAAAAAAUGAGGGCCAGUUAUAUAAAGCCUCAUAAGAGAUUAUAAAGCUAUAGUUAACCAAGAUUAGUUAAACAUGAGGGAAGACUGGGUUAAUCUGGGUUUGUCAAGUUUCCUAAUAGAUUUUAAGAUGCUAGAAAGUUCAGAACUUUCCAUUUAUCUCCAUCAUCCACAUCAAAGAGAUCCCUAUCAUGCAAUAUUGAGGCUAAAAUGGGAGCAUAAAAUUAGGUCCCUUUUAUAACCUGUCAGAUUACCAGUAGCUAUAAGGGCUGAUAUUGAAAUAAAUGUUUAGGUAAAAGUGUAGUCAAAAAGUCACUUUUGCAUACUGCUCUUCGGGUGGAAAGUGAUUCCUAACUCUUCACACCAAAUAUCAGCUCAACAUGACACCUAAAAAGGUAAAGGUAGUCCCUUGUGCAAGCACCAGUCUUUUCUGACUCUGGAGUGAUGUUGCUUUCACAACGUUUUUACAUUACGCAUAGCACCUCUAAAAAUGUAGCUACAUGAAUAUGAAGCUUUAAGCACAGGAGUUGCAAAUGGAUAGAGAGAAUCUUCAUUGAGCUUCACUUCAGGAUAGUUAAAAGUGCUGCUAAACUAGACUGACUAUAUGCAUAUUAAAUGUGUGUAUUUAACCUCCAUUUUGCUUUAGAUGUUUAUUUUUGAUGGAAAAAAUCUUAACAAAUCAGACUCUU